GAAUUCCUGCUUUGGCCUGUUUCUCCGCCCGCUAUGAAUAAUGUAUGGGAAUUGAUAUUCAAAACCUGUCUGUGUUUCUUGUACUAUUUAUUCGCAGCACUCAGUCGACACACUUCUCUCGGCAGUCGAUCAAGGUGUGCGAGGGGAAAUAACUCGCGCCUUUUACAAGUUGUCAAUUUAGAAAGUCAUUCGGCUCUUUGGCCUAAAUAUUAAAAUUGAUCGUCAGGCACAUUACGGAUUAAUGCAGCGUAACAGUAGGACUGACUGUGCUACAGAUAAGAGUGUUCAAUGAAUGUGUGGAUUACUAGCCUAUGAGUGAAGUAUUUCAAGCGACGAUGGGUCUAGAUCUAUAAUUCUAUCCAUCGUUCUUCCUUAUUGUUUUUUUUUUAAAUUCCGAUCGUUAGGUCAGAAUGAAUAAAUUUCUGUGCAAUGAUAUUUCUGUUUCUUGAUGACAAUUUAUAAGGAUAGCUUCCUUGUCCUAUUCUUGAAGGAUCUACAUUGAUAAUUGUUGGAACUACACAUGAGCAAGACUUACAGACUCCACCUUCACUGACUCUCCCGACUGACGUCUCACUGACUGUCCCAACUGACUGACGUCUCAAUGACCUCCGGUCAUCUGAUAAUGUUCACACUUUCAUGAGUUCACGCUAGGUGUCUUCAUAAACUGGUUGAGUUUUAUACCGAGAAGUUUGGUUAGCUGACUUGAGUUUAAACAGAAACUAUUGCAUCGAUCCAGGUUGAACUACUGUCUGCUGUCCAUUUUUCAAACACUAAAAGUAUAGGAAAACGGAUUUUCCAAGCUUUCCGCUAGCUUGGCUGGACAAAUUCAGAUAAUUACAUCAAGUUAAUUUUUACGCUCAAGUCGUCUUUGUUUAUAUAAAAAAAGAUUUUUUUUAGUUGUUGGCUUUCUUCCAAAAGUGUAGGCUAAUCAAUUCAUUUCUUUGCUUCUCUGAACAGCCAGAGUUUGAAAAAAAAAGAAAGAGUCUGAACCCCCCAUUAGAUAUGGAUACAAUGGAUAUCACAUAAUGGGGCGGCAUAUGGUGGCUGAAACAAAUUCUGUUAAGGAUUGGACAUUCAUAAAACCUUUCAGUUUGGAUGACGUCAUCUGUGUACAUUAGCUUGUCAGUUGCCAACUGUGUUAUUUUUUUGAAAAAAAAAAUGAUUGAAUUAUGAGUGGUAACUAAACUUCAUAGUUGGCUCUGAAUCCGUUUUAAUAUGUUUAUAUGGAAUAUAUCUUGGCUUUUCUGAAAGUUUGAUUUCACCGUGAAUGGACUUUUGGGAUUAAUCGCAAAUUCAAAGGAUUAAGGAUAUAUUCUUUUGUUGUAAGACUAACUUUUGGAAAAGGAAAAUGACCAGUGUUCCAAGUCUACGACUCUAUGACAUCAACUCCAACAAGCGCCAGGACAGGGGAGCCUACAAUGACUAUAGAUCUCCGUCUGUCUCCUCGCUGGACUCGCUGGGGCCUUCCUCGCCCGGGCUUCUCUCUCCGAGGUCUCCGCUUCUGUCUCCUCUGCCCUCCCCGAUUCCAUCACCUCUGGGCCCUCCCGUUGCUGUGGAGACCCGCCAAGAUAUAGAGUACACCCGCGCUCCGGACACAUUCCCAUGCGGCCACGUUCUUUGCCACAAUUGCGUCCGGAAGUUCAUGCGGAUGCGGCAGCGCUCCGGCUACUCCCAGUGCCCCGUCUGCCAUAUGCCUGUGGACGAGGAUGCGCCCAUGCAUGCAAUGGGAAUCCCUACAGGCGGGGGCGGCGGCCGCUCCUCCUCCUGCACCAGCAGCUGCUCUGACCACGACUCUGAAGACCACCAUCACCAUCAGCCCCAUCAGUCCCAUCAGCCGGAACCCUCAGACCCGACUCCCAUCUCCUUGCUAAACAACUUUGAUGAGAUUGUGGAAAAGUUUAACGGGAUCCAGCUCAGCCUGAGGCAGCUGAAAAACGAGUCCGUCAUGUCCAAAUCGAUGGGGAUGACCUUCACCAACACCCAGUGUCACUUGUGUAUGGAGAGCCACGGGACUCUUAGGGUUGUCCAGGAACUUAACAGGCUCUCCGUCAGGCAUGAGAGACCCACGGUCUGGAGUCCUUAUUUUUACAGGCUCCAGCAAGGCAAAGUGGUGACUGAGUUCUACAGCCAGGUCAACUCUUCCUGCAUCUGCGUGCCCUGCACUUACAAGGAGCUCCGGCUGCAGAACCACCCGGAUUUGAAGGCGCUGCCAGACGUCAACCCACAGCAGAACACACAAAUAUGUCUGGCAGAGGUGGGAAAGAUAGUGGCUAGAAAUUCUGCUCCCAUUAUGGCACUGCAAGGAAAAAAUGUGAUCGAAAUUGAUCACACGAUCCGUCUGCGAGAGCGUGCUGACCAGUUCAACUUCCUAGAUACUGCCAAUGAGAUCGAACACAUGGUCAAGCAGCAGGAGGAGACGCUGAUCAAGAUGGCUAGCAAACAGAUCAGAGAUACUGGACGUCUCUACCAUGUUAAAGAAAGCAACCAAAUUGAGAUGGAUCUUGAUGAGACUGCGGUUUAGAGCUAUCACCAUAGGAACAGUUGAAAGGAACUAAAUAACUAAUUACAGAGUGUCACCUGUUAGUAAUAAUGUACAUAGAAUUAUAGAAAUUAUGCUGUGUCCUUUAAUCAGUUUUUUUUUGCCUUUUGUCAAGUUAAUGUAUAAAUAAAUUAGUUGCUUUACUUUAGCAUUAAUGUAAACAAUUUAACAGUGAAACCUUUUUGGAGUUUAACUCAACUGGGGUGCGCUAUUGAUUUUAGCAUCUUAUGCCUUUUCAUACAAGUAAAGAAGAAUUAUAUCUGGACAUUUUUAACAGGUUGUGUCAUAGGAUAUUAGGCCUAAUUGUUAAAGAGUUCUACUUAGCUUUAAUAUUUCAUUGGUAAAGUUAUUACAUUUUUAAUGUAUUUCUAUUCUAUAAUAUGUUUUGUUAUGUAAUUAUUUUGUUGUAGAUGCUAAGAAAUAAAUUAUAGAUUUUGAAAUAAUAAUAUUAAUUUUUGUUUCGAUUUGAACCAAAUGAUAAUGAGAUCACUUUUAACACAUUAGUUAUUGCAUUGUCAAAAAUGCAUUGUAAGGUUACAAUGGGGUUAAACUUUAUCAGAUGUAAUUCUUUGCCAUCUUGAAAGAUCUGGAAAACUUUGCUAUUUACAAACAUUUAAUUAAGAAAAUUUUUUAAUUUUAUAUUUGAAAAGCAUAUUAUUUAGCUUAGCUAAUUAUAGUAAAAAGCAGAUUGUUUUCUGAAAUAAAAUUUUGGCGAAGUGUCUUUAUAAUAUUUCUUCAACUAUUUAUUUUUCAAUUUAAUAAAGAUCUAAAGUCAGCUCAAGUAAAUAUAGAUUUUCAUAGAUUAUGUGUUAUAAAAAUAUCACUGAAUCAUUAUUCAUUUAUAUAUUUGCAAAUAAAAGUUGAUUUUUUAAUUUAAAAAUUUACUUUUAACAAGAACUUCAUUUAUUUCAAAGUUUUAAGUUUGACUUCAUUUAAAGAUAUAUUUAGCUCUAUAUAUAAUAACUGACCAAUGAGGCCCUGCUAAAGUGAUGAAGUUUAAACUGUGAAGUUCUUUGAUUGCCUGCAGAUAUGUAGAUAAAGUUGUACAAAUCAAUCUGUCUCAGAAGUAACUCAAUGUUCUCAAUUUCACUUUCCAUUCUUUGAAUCUCACUAUGCAAGUCAUUGUCUGUUCGGGUUGUGUCAUUGUAACAUUGCUUUAUGUAAGAUGUAUAAUGCAACAAGUGUACAGUGUAUAUAGCUUUUAUGUCAUUUAUUAUUGUCAACAUGUGGCAGACUAAUUGAUUUCAAGUUCCAUUGGUAAUUAUAGUGGCACUGCAAAGGUUUAGUGUGGUUGAUACAAUACCAUUUUCUGUGGUUGGAACAUAGGUACAUCAUUUGAUUAUACUGUACAGCUUGUGCCUUUUUUUUUUUUUCAGGUAAGCUUACUGCCAUCAAAUAAAUGUCAAUUUAUUUUUUUUAUACAUUGUGCGUCUAAUUUAUACCAACUUAAUUGAGGGAGCGGUGGUUGCAUGGUUAAGCGCUUGGCUUCCGAACCUGGGGUCCUGGGUUCGAAUCUUAGUGAAGACUGGGAUUUUUAAUUUUGGGAUUUUGAGUGGACCCCUAAGUCCACCCAACUCUUAUGGGUACCUGACUUAAGUUGGGGAAAGUAAAGUCGGUUGGUUGUUAUGCUGGCCACAUGACACCCUGCUUGUUAACCAUUGACCAAAGAAACAGAUGACCUUAACAUUAUCUGCCCUAUAGACCUCAUGAAAAAUGAAGAGCUGUUUCCAUUUAAUAUUGCACUGCACUUUCUUAAAAACCUGAAAUCAGUUGGCCCAAGCUGGCAAGAGAUUUUGGAUGUCACUUGUAAAAAAGCUUACCACCCUAUGCACUGAAUGAUACAUGAGGUUCUAUAAGACUAUGAUCAUGAUUUGGGAUAAAAAAAAAAUUAAGUAGUUUUGAUAGUAUUUCUAUGUUCAUCCCAAACUUCUUUGAUAAAAGUUCUUUUUUUUUCCCUUAAUGUAAACACUCAUAUAAAUGUGAAUCAUCUGAGUUGAGACUAUUGAAUUCUACACUGUGCAGACUAAACAGCCUUGUUAUUUGUUACAUUAUCAGCAUCCAUGUUACUUGCCAUCUCUUUCUUUUAGAUCUUAUUCUCACAUUGCCCUUUGACCUCUUCAUAAUUGUUCACUAUUUAUUGAUGGAAAACAAACUGGAUUGGUUUUUUUUUUGUAAACAUAUUUUUAGAUAACUUGUUUCAAUCUCAUCCGGUGCUUGUGGCUGUUGAUAUAUUAUGAACAUAUAGAGGUAAUUAUACAUAUUAUUUAUUUGGAAAAAAAUAUUGAUAAUUUGAUUUGAAUACGUUUUUUUAUUUAAUUUUUUACCUGUUAGACUAUUUCUUUUAAUAGUCAAAUAGAAAAAUUGCCCAAAUACAUUUAAAGGGAGACAAGUUAUAUUUAUAGUAAGACUGAUCAAAAGAUUAGUUAAAACAAACAAAACUGAAGCCAUUAAAAGAUGUGCUUAAGGCUUCUUUGCUGCUUUUAUUCAACAUCUGCAAUACUCUUAGUUCAAUGAUAGCUAUAACAUAAGCUAUGUUGCUGGCUCAAAUUAGCCAUGUCCAAUAGCUUCAUCUAAUAGUACACAUAUCUUUCUAUUGAUAUUUCUAUAGGGAUGUUUUUGUUUUGCAAUAUUGACGAACAAACUAUAGCAGUUUUAUUUUCGAACAAUACUGUUGUCUUUUUUUUUAAUGGAUAAAUUUCAGAGGAUUUAAUUUAAAAAAAUAUGUUAUAGAGCAUAUUUAUUCUUUCUUUGAGGAGAUAUUUGUGUGAGUAUUGCUUUCACAUUUUCUGACUAAAUUUAGAAAGAAAAUAUUAUUCUAUACAUCUGUCAUCUUGUUUUAUUCUAAAUGCUUGCAAUAGAACUAAGUGAAAUUAUUUUUAUUUUUGAGUUCUAUACACUGGUAGCAUUAAAUAAUAAUAAGGCUUUCUUUCAGUCAAAUAUUAAAAGGAAUCCAGCAUUUCCCAUGGCUAUGCAGCCCAAGCUGGGACCUACAUAUUUUGCCACAACCAGCGCAGACAUAGCCAUUUCCCGCUAGUGGUCAAUUUAAAUUUUCUUAUUUCCGUCUAUGUCUGUUCUCUUUUGGCCUCAUUUGUGUAUUCCCCGGCCUUUGUAAGUGAACUCCAGCUGUCAUGUUCCGAAGCCGCCUGCAGCCAGUUGCUCUCUUCUAUGUCAGUUGAAAGCAAGUUUGUUCCUAAGCUGGUAGGAUUAUGUAAAAUAUCAAGAAAUGAGACUCUGUUUUGUCAAAAUAAGUUAAUAGGAGAUGUAAGGAAGUGACACUAUUUAAAUUUGUAAAUAACUUUUACAUUUCCAUCUAAAGCCCUAAGAUAAUUUUAUUUAAUGUGAAUGUAAUAAGUAUUUCAUUUUUAAGUAAAAGAAAUACCAGAAAUAUUCCAAGAGAGCAAAUGAUAUUUGAAUGGCAUCCACGAUUUUAAAGUAAGCCUUCAUAUAAUGUGGUUCACACAUAAAUAUAUGUAUUGUAAUAAAUAAAUCUUGUAAAAAUUAUAAUAUACUCUUUAAAAAAAAAGAAAUCCAUUAUUUUCAUUAAUUCAAUAAAAUUGAGAAUUCAGUGUCCAAUCUUCAAAGCCUGAUUUUACAAAAGUUUUACCCAAAAAAAAUUAUUUAGUCUUUUUAAUAAUGUAUAUACAUGUACUCAGAAACUGUGGUACAUUUGUGACUUCAAGCCUCUGUCAACCACCAUUACACUCUAACUAUAUCAAAAUUAAAACACAAGACCUGUAUAGCUUCUAGACCUCCAAGAAUAUGCUAUCUCAAAAAAGAAACCAUUUUCAAAUCCUUUUCUUGUAAAAAAAAAUAUAAUAAGUAGGCUUAGAAAAAAAACAAUUUCAUAGUUGCCAUAAUUUGUAUGUAUUGAAAUUUUGGGCCCAUGCUUAAUUAUAUAUUCACAUUUAUAAGUUGGACAUCAAGUGCCUUUAAUAUAAGUUCAUUUUUUUGUUAAAUUAUUGAUUUGACAUAUAUGCAUUUCGUUAAUGUUAUAGUUUGUUUUUUUCACCAGCUCAUCAAAUUUUGUUUUUGAACACAUAAAAUUAUAUGCACUUGGAGGUUUUUAAUGUUUUGUUUAUAUGUGUGCUGUAAAUAUAAUAAUGUUCUGAUAAUUUAUUAACUUGUUGUUCUAUUAGAAUUGUUAAAACCCUAUUUGUUAUAUGUGAUUUUUUUUUACAUUGGUUGAGUACAGGGGGCCCUGCAGAAUGGUAUGUAAACAAUAUGUAGUCUAAUUUGUAAAGUUAUGAAGAGAUUGAAGUUGAUACAAAUAGAUUUAGAAUGGGUUUUAGUAGUUAAAUACAAUUUCAAAAAAACUGGCGUUUUAGCUGUGGGAGUUCUUCUUAGAAGCUUCGCUACAGAGAAGUCUGAAAUUUUUAACCUGUCAAAAUUAGUUCUAACUUAUUGAACUAUUGCUGUUCAAUUACAUUUUAUCACUAUUUUACUUGUAAGUUACCAUAAAUAUUUAAAUAUUUUGUAUUAAUUAUUUUCUUUUUUUAAGAUAUGUGUUUAAUAUAUAAAUAUAUAUAAAUAUAUUUAAAUUAGAUAGAGUGUCUCCAAAUUUAGAGGAAAAAAAAAUUAAUUGGAUUACAAAAAAAGCAAUUAUUUACCUUUUAAGUUGGUUAAAAUUAUGUAGUUCUGAAUACUAGAAUAUCUUGUAUAACUAUUUAAUAUUUAGUAUGAAAAUAUAGAUAUAAUUAUUGCACAUUAUUAGGUGCUGUUGUCGAAAGAGAAUGUGACUCAUCCUAGUGAGACAGAAUUAAGUCCUGUUAAUUCAGAUUUAUUAUAUCGUCAGCAGCCAUCACUACAGUUUAAAUCUCUUCAUCUUAUUCCCACUGAAUGCCUUUACUCUGGAAUCUCUCCUUUGCUGUGUUCUCCACUCUUGUGAUUAUAAACUUUAUCAAAUGUGUACAGAAAAAAAACCCUCUUUAACCACAUUAUGUAAUAUAUAUUCUAUCUUCAGGUAAUUUUAUUUUCUGGCAUAUGUAUUACACUUAUGAUAUUUCUGUGUAAUAUUUUCUUUUCUUUUUCUAGACUAGUCUGCCUUUCAUUUGUCUGUGAUUGCCUUGGCAUUUUUUAACAGUAUAUUUUAAUGAUACUAAGUGUAAAACUGACCUAUAAAACUUGUAACUGGCUUCAGGUUUCUUUCUUCUCAAUAAAGAUAUAUUUUUUUUUAUACAUAUGUGUGAAGUUGUAAAUUUUCAUUUUGAUGCAUCACUCUGCUAAAAUCUCAAAAUGUAUUGUCUUUUAUGAAGUUCCUUUGUUUUUAGUUAAUUUUUUUUUUUAGUAUAAGUGAAUUUUUUUAUAAUGUUUUCUUUGUGCUUUGAUCUGUGUCCUUGCAAUAGCUCAGUUAGUCCUUUUUUUAAAAAUUAGAUAUGUAUCAACCUCUUUUUGUUUUAGCUAGAUGUGCUGUUAAGAUCAUCAUUAUUUAUAUUGACUAUUUACUUGGAUACUUAGUGUAACAUUAGAGAGUUAUUAUUUAUUCUGCUUUUGUUGUUGUUUUAUAAUAUAUUGCUUCAAUGUCUCAUUUGUUAAUUUUUUUUUGUAUAUGACAACCUUUUGUUUGUUACAUUCAUGAAUUGUUAUUUGUUCCUGUCUGUCUAAUCUAAGUAUAUAACUAUAAUUUUGUACGACCUACAUGGAUAAAAAAAAAAAAAAAGUGUAAAUAGCCUAUUGCCCUACUUAUACAAGUAAAUAACAAAAUGAAUUACUUCCCUAGUUAAAUCAACAUUCUUUUGAUGGCCUUCUUAUUGACCUUAUAAUUACUUGAUUUGCUAAAACGUAUUGCUUUGAAACUGCUCUCUUAACUUAAGAAGAGGCUUUGGGAUAAAACCAUAUUUCUCAUUCAAUCCCAACACCCAUUGCUUUUAGCCAUUUAUAACAAACAUAGUGCUUAUCACCACAUGAAAUAUAUCUACAUGAUCAACCAUAAGAAAACCUUAGCUUAAUAAUGAAACUUGUUUAUUCAUUUAAAAAUGUUGACCUACUAUUAACACUGAUUGUGUCAAUAAUGCCAUUAUUAUAAGUUUUAAUUAAAUAUAGUUUCAAGGUUUUAUUUAUGUAUAUAUAAGUAUAUGCUUACUUAUGCUAGAUAAUCUGUAGAUCUAUAUUGAUGCUUGCUUGCGUUUAGCCUAGAGGUAAUAAGCAGUUUUAGCCUCCUGCUAUGGAUAUUAAAGAUCUUAGUUUAGUGUGUAAGAGUAUUAUAAAUUAGGACACUUUAUUUCUUACUAAGAUAUAAUAUACAGGAUAUGAUAUACAUAAGAAUUGAUACAACAUUUCAACAAUACAGUUCUUUUUUAUAAUGUUUACCCAUAAAAAAUGGACAAAUUAAACUCAGUGGUCGCAAUAAGUUUUAAUCCAUAAAACUCUUGUUAAAGCAAGGUCCUGUGUUACCCUUAUGCAAGUUUUAAAGAAAUCAAUAGUAUUUAAGUUAUUCAAGUCAUCAAUAACCAAUCAUGAAACAUAUGAUUGGACCAUUAUAAUUGAAACAUACUUUAUAAUGGUUGGACUUUCCACAUAUCAGAAACAAUGAUCUUGAAAAUAUUUUUUUUCUCCACUUAAGUUUUUUUUCCCCUCAUGCUAAAUAACAUACUAAGAAAAUCCAGAGACAUUUAGUUUAGUUAUUACUUAGAAGUGGAAAUAGUCACAUUGUAUAUCUGACUAUAAAGUUAUGGGUAUUUGUAUAAGUACCAUUGUAACUUAUAUUAAUGUGUUUGAUUUUUUUUUUUUAUAACAGCAACAGUAAAUCUUUUACACACUUUGAGGCCUACAUUUCACAAACCACAAAAAAAUCAUUCCAUUACAUUUCUGGUACUUCAGUGUACUUCAAAAAGACAACUUUUGAUUCAUAUAAGCAUAACUUGACAAAAAAAAUCAAGAAAGGCAAAAUAAAAACAACACAUUUAUUAUUUUGUAAGCUGGGAUGAGUAUUUUGAAACCUUUUUGUAAGUACCAUUCAAAUAUGUGAUAGGUCGACUAAUAUUUUCUGGUAAAUUUCUGAUGAAUAUAAACUACAAGAUAAAUGAAUGAAUACUAUGUGAAACAUGCAUUGCCUUUUUAAAAGAUAGAAAAUUUGUAAUAUAUUAGUUAUGAUUAAUUGAAAAAAAGAAAACAAAAAACUAUGUAAUUGAAAGUGAUGUCACAAAAUUAUUAUUUUUUAACUUCUUUGUUACUUUCAAUUUAGACCAUAUCAAGGGAUCUAAAGUUGAGAAUAGGGGCAUCACUUUAUUUCCUCCUUACAAACCCACUUGUACCCUUUGAACAUUCCAUUCAAAAUUGACCACUUCUGAUAUGUAAGCAUAAUAUAUAGUGUGUAUGAUCUGAGUGAGCUGUGAUGUGUUCAAGUGAUCACUUUUGUUUUUGGUCCUGUUACUUCUCUUUUGUUCAGCAAGUUGGCUGCAGAGUGUAAUGUGCGUAGUCCAGUGUGAAUAUACAUAGAUCUAUGUAGCUCAGCAGCAACUACUGUUUUAACUUUCAGAACAUCAGUUGUGAUUUUAUUUGAGAAUAAAUAAAAGUAUUUUAAAAAAUG